AUGGCCGGCGGGCCGCCCGCCGGGCUGGCCGGCGGCGGCGCCGCGGCCUCGCGGUACGGCGCCGCGGCGGGCGCCGGCGGCGGCCGCGGGCUCCGCGGGUCGACGGGCACGGCGCCCUCGGCGCCGCUGGGCGGGGCGGCCACGGCGCCGCAGCCCGCGCUGGCGGCCGCGGUGGAGGCCUGGCCCACGGACGGCGGCGCGGGCCUGCCGCUGCUGCCAUCGGGGCUGAUCGACCGCAUCGGCUUCGGCAGGGCCCAGGUCCGCGCGGCCCUCACGGGAGGGGGCUGCUGCUUCGCGGACGGCGCGGAGCUCCUCCUCAUCAGCGCGGUGACGGACGCGGUGGCGAGCAGCUGGGGCAUGGGGCCGCUGCGGCGGGGCUCGGUCGUCACCAUCGUAGCCGCUGCUGUCUCGGCUGCUUUUCCUCCGCACGUCGGGAUCAUGGUCGGCAACUUCGCCAGCGGCCCCAUAGGAGACGCCCACGGGCGACGGCAGCUGAUCUUCUCGUCUUUUCUUGGCAUCUUCGUCUUCAGCCUGGCGAGCUCCCUUACUGUCGGAUUCUGGAGCCUGAGCGCUGCGCGUUUCUGCGUCGGCGUGGCGUUCGGCAUCGGCCACCCGGCAUGGAACGCACUGGGCGCAGAGGUCACGCCCGCCGAUUACCGGAUCAUGAUGUCGUCCAUCUCGCAGGGUUUUUUCAUUCUCGGAGAGCUCUUCAGCGCGACUCUGCUGAUGGCCGACGAUCCGCAGAUGAAGGACCUGCACUGGCGGUGGCUGCUGUGCAUGGGCGCCAUCCCAUCGGCGGUGUUCGGGGUCGCUUGCCUAUUCUUCAUGUACGAGUCCCCCUCGUACCUGGCCGUGUCGGGGCAGAACGAAAGGGCAAAGGAAGUACUGCAGUCGAUGGCCCACGACAACGGGCACCCAGCUGACAUGCCGGUGGAUUUCGUCCUCGUCACAAGGAGAAGCCAGCUGAAGCGCCUGGCCAAGAAACUGCGGGCUGCUCGCCGUCUCACCGUGCUGUCUAAUAACGACCUCCUCAAGCACGUGCGCGUGGUGUUCGGCCCCAACUUGUGCGUGUCCACUUUCAUCGUGAUGUACUCGUGCUUCGUCUUGAACUUCUUGUACUACGGUUGCAUGUAUGCCUUCCCGCAGGUUCUCGCGAGAAGCGACGAGCCAGGUUCGAACGCUGCUCUCGAGCUCCUCAUAGGCGCAGUGGCAGAAAUCCCAGGGCAAAUUCUCGGCUUCCUCUGCGGCUCGUAUCUCACCCGCAAGCUCAGCAUGAAGGUAUACCUUGGCUUCACAUCACUCUCGCUCAUGUCAUUCGCUUUCAGCCUGCUGCGCCCAGGGGGGUCCGCGAAGCUCUUCCAGCUGGCCGGCCUCUAUGGCAUCAAGUGCUUCGUGUCGAUCGGCUUCCUGGUCGUCUACCAGUACGCAAUCGAGAUUUACCCGACGGAAUCCAGAACAACGGGCGUUGCCAUCACCAUCGGAAGUGGCCGCCUCGCGGGUAUCAUCUCACCCCUCGUCAUCGAGGCCAUCGUGAGUGUGACUGGCGGCUUCUCCGCGUUUUUUUUCAUCUUGGUCUGUGCUACCUCGUUGAAUUUCUUGCUCGUUCCGCUACUGAAGUAUGAGACAUUCGGAAUGGCGCUGAAGGAUGACCAUGAUGACGAUGAAGAAGACGAGGCCGACGCGGAGGCGGGCAAGGCUUCGCCGGCCAAAGAAGAGGAGACCGAGGUGGCACCGCUGCUCCAUUCUAAGACCUCGAGGCAGCUCCAGUCUGGCCACCGCGCCAGCUGCAGCACGGUCUUCUUCGCCGAGCCGCUCAACCCACGCCUCUGA